GUGCGCCACGGCGAGGCGGCGCCGCGGCUCUGCAACAAGGACCCGCUGGUGCUCGAGAUGGGCUCGUACGUGCUGGAGCUGUUCCCCAACGCCAAGUUCAUCUUCAUGGUGCGCGACGGCCGCGCCACUGUGCACUCCAUCAUCUCGCGCAAGGUGAAGAUCACCGACUUCGACCUGACGUCGUACCGGCAGUGCCUGAGCAAGUGGAACGCGGCGGCGGCGGUGAUGCAUCGCGAGUGCCAGGCGCUGGGCGCGCGCUGCCUGGCCGUGCAGUACGAGCGGCUGGUGCUGCGGCCGCGGGAGACGCUGGCGCGCGUGCUGCAGUUCCUGGAGCUGCCGUGGAGCGAGCGCGUGCUGCACCACGAGCGCUACAUCGGCCGCCCGCACGGCGUCGCGCUCAGCAACGUGGAGCGCUCCAGCGACCAGGUGGUGCGCGCCGUGAACCGCGAGGCGCUGGACAAGUGGGUGGCGCACGUGCCGGCGGACGUGCGCGCCGACAUGGCGGAGCUGGCGCCCAUGCUGAGCCGGCUGGGCUACGACCCCUGGGCCAACCCGCCGCGCUACGCCGAGCCGGAGGACCCCGCCGCCGCCGCCGCGCCCGCGCCGCCCAACCACCCACUCGAUACUUAAAUACCUACUAAAUAAUUAUAAAAUAAAUUAUAUUACGUUACGUUGGA